AAUACUCUUUGGGGCAUAAUAAAAAAUUGCCUUAUGACAUUAUUUCAAUGUCAUUUCGGAGACAUUUGUUUUGUAAAUAAAGUUUGAUAUUUUUGUAAUUUUUAUAUAAAUUUAUUUUUUAUAUAGAAUGGAUAUUACAUCGAUGGCUAUUGCACGGCGUUCUUCGUCAAGUAUUAAUCGUUUUGCGUCUGGUAGCGUGGCGGAGAAAGCAUCAUGCGAUGCAGAAGAUGGCGGAUACAGUUUGCCUUUUUUUAUCUCCUCCCUUUUCGCUACAAUUUUGGAAGACAUCAUAACACAGAUGCGUUUGCUGGUGGAGGGCAAUGUAAGUCAGAGUCUUUUGAAGAUCUACGUCGACUACAGUCUGCUCAGAGCGCUGAAGUACGACGUCGAGCAACCGGCGGUAAAGGAUGAGCUCGCGGGCAUUAAUGCUAAAAACCUGGGAUGCAACGAUCACAAAAUCAAUAAACUGGACGCUGACAGGAAAUUUCUUCACAACUUCUUGGUGUCAAUGUACCUUGACAUGGCCUUGCGCAAGAGUUUCAAGUCCCUUGCUAUUCAAGUGCAAGAUAUGACGGACCAUUUUAAGUACUGUGCCAUGCUUAUAGAGGAGGAAGCAAAGAACAAACUGAACCGAAGAGAGCUCGUCAAACAGUUGAGGCAGUUUAGAAACCACGUGAAGUCUGUCUACUACGACACCAACGUCAUCAUUGAAGGAUUGAAAACAAACGUUGAAGAUUCUGCGUUAAACGCUGAAAUACGCAGCCGGUACGCGAACAGCUGGCAGCGCGCGCGCACCGAGCAGAACGACGAAACAAUCAGGCUGAAAGAGAUCAAACCUUUGACUCAAAUAGAGUACUACAAACAGAGGAGCGACCACGAGCAAAGGGUGCAUGCUGAAAUUGAACUGCUCAUCGCCAUUGCCAUCAAUGAAACUCUUGCGAAAGUGGAUUCAUGGAUGAAUAAAUACGACGAAGAUAUGGAAGCAACGGACCUCAAGAUUCAGAUCAUGAAGAAUAAAUACAUCGCGAUCGUGGAAAAAAGAGAGAACUUGGAAGAGACGGUCGCUAAACAUGCGGUACUCAUAAAGGAUUGGGUCAACUUCAAAGAAGCGCGUGAAGAGGCACGCCUGUACCGCGAGAAGAUGACCAAUGCAGCCAUCGCUGUCCAGGCCUGGUGGAGGGGUCUGCUGGUCAGGAACCAACUGGGACCGUACAAACCACAGCCCAAGAGGAGGUGGGCCGUUGCCGGUGACAAGGGCAAGAAGAAAGACUCUAAGACUAAGAAAUGAUUCUAGGUACUAAGGCAACAUACCGCAGAAGGAUGUGAAACAGACACCAUAAAGCUAAUCCUUGUGAAAUUAAACUACUCAAAGUAGAUUAUUUUAGGAGUUUCCCAUACGCGAUCACAUGAACAUGAUUAAAUUUAAGUAUUAUACUUAAUUAGAUAGAUAUUUGCACGGGGAAACUAAAGUAAUAAGGGUAUAGUAAAGGUACUUUGUUUUAUGAAUGAAUGAAAUGAAAGUUUUAUGAACUGGUUUGAAUAACUAAAAGUGCACCGUUGAAAAACUCGAUCUGAUGUGUCUGCAUGCAGCAGUGCCUACAUAGUUUUACUGUGCAAACAAAUAGGAUUUAUCCUAAAUAAAGCAAUCUUAAUAAUGUCUGCCGUUCAAUAUAAUAAACGACCCCUCAGGGGGCAUCAAAGUGAAAACUCUGUUUCCGCUUGUAAUAGUUACUAUUUAUUAUUAUAUUUUAUAGUUUGUAUUUCUUAGAUGAUUGAUGAUUAUUGUAA